AUGCAGAUACACAAAUACGCACCAGUCACAGGGACUGCAGCAGCCAAGAGGUGUGGGGGCAUCUGGUCCUGGGAGCCAGGGGGGACGCACAGGCCUGCCCACCCGAUUCCAGAGUGGGUUGGUAAAGCCUCAGCACACGGUGGCUGUGGGAGAAUGAAGGGUGGCUUUUAUGUAAAGUUGUUUAGAAACAGCAGAGAGCAAGUAACUGACUCUAGGCAGACCAUGAAGCAGGAGUUGUUUACCAUCUCUCUCUUCACAGAAAAAGUUACAACCUGCCUUGGACUCAAUGAAAGAGAAAAGGACUCCAGACAUUUGAAUUAG